CAAUCCCUUUCGAUCUCAAUCGAUCUGCAGCAGUAAUUUUUUUUUUCGCUAAUUUUUUUUUCUGCUUCUUCGCAUCACGAUCGCGUGCCGCCGUGCUCAAUCUUCAGCAGUAAAGCUUCGAUCUUGCCCUAAAUCAUGGCGACUCUUCCCAAUCUCGCGCAGAGAGCGAAGAAGCCACUGAGAGCGCAGCGGAGAGGAGGGGCGGUUGCUGUCGGAUUGCUGGCUCUUCUUCUCGUCGGCAUGAUUCUUCUAGCCACCUCCAUGAAUUCUAAUGGUUCGGCCGGGUCACUGACCCAAUCUGAUAGGAAGAGCGAAAGGAAUCAUGUUGUUGCUGUUGCAUCUGUUCGAUCCCAACCUACCGCAGAAUUCGUCAACAAGACCGAAGUCAUAUGGCAAAUUCCCGAGUCCCCCAAGGCCGUCGUCUUCAUAGCUCACGGUUGCAACUGUCGAGCUGCUAAUUUCUGGGAUCGAUCCGCUCAUUGCCCGCACUGCGUCGGCCUUCCAGAAGACAGGCUGAUUGUCCUCAAUGCUCUAGGUCGCAGGUUCGUCGUCAUCGCUGUUUCCAGCCUCGGAAGAUGCUGGUCUAUCGAGAAGGACGUCGGCAUUGCUAAAGGGAUACUACAAUCGUGGAUUGAGAACCACGAGCUCCAAAAUCUUCCUGUCACAGCUCUGGGAGCUUCAUCUGGUGGUUAUUUUGUUUCUGCGCUGGCAAAGGAGGUGAAUUUUAGCAGCAUAGCGCUCAUGAUUUCAGCUGGGGUGUUUGGUUCCAUGGGCGUUCCAGUUGGGUAUCCUCCCACUCUCUUUGUCCAUAUGCCUAAAGACCUGCGUGCAAAGAGGCUGAUAGAGAAGAACAUGGCUUCGUUGAAGAAGAAGGGUGUAUCUGUUAAGGAGGUCAGGUGUCUGGAGUUCCCAUUGACUCGUACGCUUUUGACGGAAAGGAUCCCUGGUUUGGAUGAGGCAGUAUCUGCCAGUGUAUUUGAGUUGUUUCAGGAGAAGGGUUUCAUUGAUGAGAGGGGAUAUUUGAAGAACGAUGGACGAGCGACUCGGUGGAAGCAAGCUCUUAAGGAAAAGGAUCCCUCAAUGGAGAAGUAUGAAUGGCUUGAUCAUAUAGAGGAGGAGUUAAAUCUUGCUUUUGCAUACCAUGAGAUGACCAGCUUGCCUAUUGGUGAUAUUCUCGACUGGUUUGAAUCGCACAUGUAGCCAGUGGCUGUGUAGUAAGCUGAAAGAUAUUUUGAGUUUGGACAUCCGGCAGAAAUUUACCAGUUGAAAACACUUUCUGGUGUCAAAAUAUCAAGAGUUUCAAAAUGCUGUAUGAGCAUCACUGUAGUUUGAUCUACACCAGGUUAAUUGGAAAAAAUAUACUUGUUUAAUUGCAAAGGCUUUAUCUUUAUUUGACUCUGUCAGGAUUUGGAUGAUAUGAAUAUAGAGAUCAUGAGGAAUACCUUGUACAAGGCCUACCUUGAAGAUUUCUAUAACUUCUGUUAG